AUGUAUAUCUCCGAGGAUCAAAUUUGCAAGCCACUGGUUUCGGGUAUGAAUUUCAUAAAAAAACUUUGAAGUAAAUGCUUGAUUUUUUUCCAAGUUCAAAAUUUAAUAGAUAGUUUUGCUGUGUUCAAAGUUAUUCCGCAGAAAGCGGUCAGAGAAAGAAAAAUUAUAAGUAGAUUUUUUUGGAGAGUCAGAGACCAUUUUGCAUUUCGCGGAAGUUACUUUGAAAAACGGCAUUAGAAAAAAGUUUUUUUAUUUAUAUGAAGUUUUCCGGAAAAAUUUCAAAUGAGAUUUGUUCACCUGUUAACCUAUUCGGAUCAUUACAUUUGGUCGAAAAAAACUUUUCGUAAUAAGUUUUUUGCAUAUUUUUUUUUUCAAAGGAAGCUUUUUGUUCGAAAAAGCUGCAAAUUUUAGUGUGAGGCUUCAAAAAAAAAUUUCCCGUUCUAUGAAAAUAAGUUGAGAUUCUCCUCUUGAAAGCAGCUUCAUUCGACUGGAUACUAGACACAGCAAAAAAGAAUCUUGUAUUUGAAAAACUUUCAAUUCAUUGUUUUUCUGUUAUCCAGAAGUUGAGUUAUUGAUACUUAUUGGAAAUAUUCGCAUCAAUUGGAAGAUUGCAGCUUGUGUAAUUGUUCAAAAAGACAUGCCUGAGCACAAUAAAGAACCGCUAGAAGAAGGAGUCGACCAACUCACUCAGUGGAGAGAGCGGUGCGCUGACCACGUUGCCGAUUUGAAAGCUGUUUUGGAUGAGUGCAAUGAUCGAGUCAAUGGACGCUCUAAUACGGAAGAAACGUGCCACCAGGAAAUGAGCGACUUCGUCCAUCACUUGGAUGCCUGCGCCAUGCCUAAGGCGUUUAGUGCCUUGAAAUAAUUUUACACUCCACAUUUUAUGAAUUUCGUUGUCAAAAUAGUUUUGUAGACUUUUCUUCCAUUUCGUUCAUUAUCGUGUAUUUUUUACCAAAUGUUUAAUGUGAAAAAUUGAAUAAAUUUUAGGGUACCGCAAUAUCACGAUGCCGUCUGAUGCAAAGAAGGCUAGAGAUGCUGCAAAAAAAGCUGCUGCUAAGCAGUCUAAAACAAAGGGAAAGAAGGUCAUACUUUCUAUAUAAAAAGCUAUAGUGAGAUAUAAUAAUAUCUUUUGGUGCAGACUGACGUGAAGAACGAAGAAUUAGUUUUGGAAAACGUCAAUGGAGCCAAGAACUUGGAUAUUGAAAAGGAUGGAGAUACAUUCGAUAAAGGUUUAUCAAAUUAAUUUUCACAAAAUUAUAACGAAGUUAUUUGCAGAAAUAGAUGAGGCUGCUGCGAUUCUGAAAAAUAUUGAACUGGAAAACGCACAGGCACGGUCUGUAGCUGGCGCUCUCACUUCCGAUCCCAAAGGACUCGAUCACAAAGUUGAAAGUCUCACGGUAGGCUAAUACAAAAUUCGCAUAUUUUAGUUCGUUAUUUUUUCCAUAACUGAGUUAAAUUUCUCCGGAAAAAAUCAAAAGUAAGCCGGAAAACUAGAUAGAGGUUUUUUAAGGUAACAUUCCAUGGGCGUGAAAUCGUGGUUGAUACCAAGUUGGAAUUGAACCGUGGCAGGAGAUACGGUCUUAUAGGUCUCAACGGCAGUGGUUCGUUAGCGCCGAGGAAAUGUAAAUUUUGAAACCUUGAUUUUUUUUUUAGGAAAGUCAACGAUAAUGCAAGCUAUUUACAAUAGAGAAAUGCCCAUCCCCGAUUCUGUAGAUAUGUAUCUGGUCUGUUAUAUUUUCUUCUUUUUAUUAUCAUCAGUAAUUUUUUUGAAGGUGUCCAGAGAAAUGCCUGCCAGUGAAAUGACAGCGUUACAAGCAGUGGUUGAUGUGGACUCAGAGAGGAAAGAAUUAGAACAUCUUGCUGAAGAACUCGCAGGAUUAGAUGAUGACGGUAACUGGUAAAAUUGUAAUGCAUCUUCAAUAUUUUCUUCUGCUUAGAAAGUCAAGACAAGUUGAUGGACGUCUAUGAACGUCUUGAUGAGAUGGAUUCUGCACUAGCCGAAAAGCGGGCUGCUGAGAUUUUACACGGGCUUGGUUUCACUAAAACUAUGCAAAUGAAAAAAUGCAAAGAUUUCUCAGGUAUGUUUUUCAAAGUUACGCAGCCGAAGCAGAUAAAAUUUUUUUUUUUAAAUUGCCGAAAAAUUUAUGAUAAUUAAACGCAACUAUUCGACGAAAAAUGAAAACAUGAAGAAUUUUUUAUUAAUUUUUCAAAGUAAGUGGUGUAUGCCUAUAUCCAAUUGCAAAAAAAAAAGAAAGAGACGAAACCAACUGAGAGACAACGGUAUUAAACUCGAUAUACAACCUGUCUAACAUUUUCAUUAUAGAUUUUGUGAAGCAACAUGUGUAUAAAUACGGAAACGGCUUGAACAAACUUAUGGGUUUUGAGAAUGAGCAAAGAAGACUUGAUAUAUGUUUGAAAGCUGGUUUCAUGAUACAGAAGCUUCAAAUAUAACAUAGUAUUCAGCUCGUUUAUAAAUUAAUAUUUCAACUUUUUUCGAUUUGACUGGAAGAUUAAAAAAAAAAAAUUUCACUUUUUCGAUUUUCUCAGAAAUUUUGAAAUCUGGUAUGUUUCGAUUUUUCGCUUGAUUUCUAUUGCUCUUUUUAGGCUUUUUUAUUCUAUUUUGUCUUUCUGGCGUAUAAUAUUACCCGAAAAAGAUAAAAAAAGUUCCCGAUUGUUAUUCACACAUUUUCAUGUCCAGUUGUACAAAGGCGAAAUGUUCUAAAAGGCAAUAUAAAAACUUUUUUUUCUUGUAUUGUCCGACAUCAAAAACAAUAUGAAGACCAAUUAAUCUUUUUGAAAAAAAAGGGAUGGAUAUCAAGCGACAAAUUUCUGCGCGAAACACCUACGUCCAAAAUCUGUGUCUAUUUUUACUUUCCUUUUCAGUAAAAAUUCAUUGUUAUGUUUCGUCGGUAGAAGGUUUUCAUAGAUGAACUUUGUAUGCAUUUUUAACAUAGCUUUCGCUUCACGCUUUUUGUACAUGUUAUCUUAAAUGUUGAAACACAACCGAGAUAAAAAAAAAUGUAAUCUUUCUCAGUGAAAAAAGGAAUAAAAUGAUGGUAGCAAAGAAAAAAAAAUUUCAGGAGGUUGGCGAAUGAGGAUCGCUCUUGCGCGUGCACUCUAUUUGAAGCCCUCUGUUUUAUUGCUUGAUGAGCCCACCAAUCAUCUUGAUCUCGAGGCUUGUGUAUGGCUGGAAGAGGAAUUGAAAAAAUACAAACGCAUACUGUUAGUUGUCUCUCACUCGCAAGAUUUCAUGAAUGGGGUCUGUACGAACGUCAUCCAUCUGUUCCAGAAGAAACUCGUCUAUUAUACGGUAAUAUUUUCUUUUUAAAUGUCAUCUGUUUUUUUCUAGUAAAGCUAUUUUUUGAACUUUUUCUUGACAUUUCGUUCCAACCUUGAAUUGAAAAUUCAUGAUUUUUUUUACAGGGAAACUAUGACCAGUUUGUAAAAACAAGACUGGAGCUGUUAGAGAACCAGAUGAAAACGAUACAACUGGGAACAAGCACAACUACAGCACAUGAAGGUGAACUUUCUCUUCUUAGUUGGAAGAAUUCCAUGGCUUUUAGAAUUUUUAUUAUAUUUUUUUCAUUCAAAAAUAAAACUUCGGUUUUUCCACAGAAAAAGUUUUUCCAAGUGAUUGAACCUAUUUCAAAAAAAUUUUUGCCUAAAUUUGCACAAAAAAAUUAGUUUGAGGGAAAAAUAAUUUUUUUAAACGAAAGUUACGAAUGCAAUGUUUUUUUCAGGACUACGUCGCACGGUUUGGUCACGGUUCUGCAAAACUCGCUCGACAAGCUCAAUCAAAAGAAAAGACCAUGGCGAAAAUGAUUGCCGGCGGUCUAACGGAAAAGGCUACGUCGGAGACUGUCAAGCAGUUUUACUUCUUUGAUGCUGGAGAAAUUCCUCCUCCAGUGAUUAUGGUACAGCAUGUAUCUUUCAGAUACAAUGAAAAAACGGUCAGUUUUACUGUUUUUCUCAUGUUAGACUUUCGCCUCGCUUAAGCGUUUAGUCGCCGCACAUUCACGGCUGGCUUGAGUAAGAAAAUGGCUCGAAUCCUUUUGUCCCAACGAAUUUUCCGAAGUUUUCAAUGAAUUUGCUCUCAAAUCAAUCAAAUCAGUUAUUUUGUUGCUUAGACAUAGAUGUAAUCGUAAGGCGGUGAACAAGAACUUUUAAAUCUAUAAUUAACAACCGCCUUUGGCGUAAGAAAGAAAAAGAUAACUAAAUUUUUGGAGAGUCAGAGAUCAUUUUGCAUUUAGCGGAAAUUACUUUGAAAAACGGCAUAAAAUGUUAAAAUAUGAUAACUAUUCAAUAUCCAAUUUUUUUUAUUUUCUAGCCUUGGAUCUACAAAGACAUCGAUUUUGGUAUUGACUUGGAUACUCGUAUUGCGCUUGUCGGACCCAAUGGUGCUGGAAAAUCGACCCUUUUAAAGCUGCUUUGUGCUGAUGUUAUGCCUACGGAUGGCCUGAUUCGGCGGCAUUCUCACUGCAAAAUAGGAAGAUACCAUCAAGUGGGUUUUUUGAAAAUUUUCAAUCAAGGUUAUCAAUUUUUCUCUUUUUUUUUUCAUUUCUCCCGGCGAACUCAAUCUGUUUUCAAUUCUCUCCGCAUACAUGAGCAAGUGAACUUUGGAAAUAAGGUUUAAAAUAAGUUCUAACUACAGGGAUGUAGUAUUAACGAAAAUAAGAGUAAUUUUGAACUUCAAUAGAUGUUCCUGUCAAACAUAGGAAGACUCAGGAGAAGGGGUUGGUCUCAUAAAAAAAUGUCUGCUCGUGUAUAUCACUCAGUUUUCUUUUAUCAUUUUUAAUUUAGAGCGAUCUUUUUUGGGCACGCCCGCUCAUAUUUAGAAUUAAAUCAAAAGAAAGUUGAAUUUUUAUAUAGGAUAAAAUGUACUUUUUAUUAUCAUGUCGCGUUCAAAGCAACUCUGCCGUAAUAGAAAUGAUCGCUAGAAAGAGCAAAAUUGUUAACCAAAAUUUGAAGAUAAGAUAAUGGAAUCGCCGUAACUAAUUUGAACGUGAAAUCGAAAGAGAUAUUUCGGUGGACGAGAAGCGAAUGGAUGAUAAAUUUAACGUUUAACUUCUGUAUAUCUUUUUUUUCAUUUAUCUCACUACGCUCGAUCAAAUGAGGUUGACAUUCUUGUAGCCUUUACAAUUUAAUUGUUUAAGCCGUCCCACUCAGGAAACUGGACAAUUGUCCGCAGAUGUCAACGAAUCAACGAAAGUUUUAAAAAGUUGUUUUUGUCGUAACUUUGCGCACUUUUUUUCUAUUUGAGCGUCAUUGUCUAAUUCUUCAAGUCGAUCGGCGAAGAAAAAAAGAUCAAUCAGUCCUUCUUUGCGAUUGUCAAAUGGAAGAGCUAUUAGAGUGGACUCUUUUAUUAUUUUCUAAGUUUUACAACUAACCAUGUCAGGCUACGGUUCUCACUUUUCAUCCCAUCGUUAAUCGACCAAACAUUGCUCGCGUUCAACUUCUUCUUUGUAACAUCUCGGAUCGGGAGCUUUUCGUCAAGCUCAAAUGCAAUUCCUCUUCUAACGUCACGGUUUCUGUCAGAUUUUCCGUUCCGAUAAACUAUUUUUCGACAAGGCGAUCCCAGCGAGUGCAGGCCAUAUUGCUGCUAAAUCCCAGAUGAGGAUCGUUUUGACCUGGACACUACCGACAGGAAAAAACAAAUGGCGAGACGUUCCGAUGCCAAAAAUGCUUUUGAGCACUUGGUUUCUUAAAAAAGAAAAUACUGACGAGGAAAUGAAGCCGACAAAUACUCGAUUGAUGGUAUUUACAAAAUUUUGCAUGUUCUAGGAAGAACUUUGAGGCUCGUGUUAGCACUUCGAAAGUUUCUCCCGCUGAUAAUCCGCCUAUUGAACAGCUUCUUUUAGAUGCUGUAGGGCGCGAUACCGAAGUGGCUGAGUUUCUGUCUUUCCAAUUGCUUGGCUUAAUUUCUCAUCUAGGAUCGCCUCUUUAUCUCCUGUGGGUACUGCGAUAAGUCCACAAAUUCCUACCCCAACAAACCCUGACAAAAAAUGCGAGAUGAUUAAUCGUUUUGAUGACCGCACACUUCUUUUCUUUGCUAUAAUUCUUCUUCUCAUUCUCUUGCUUACCCGCCAUGAAUAAAAAAAUUAUUUUUUCAACUGCGUGGUGUUUUCAGCAUUUACACGAAGAGCUACCAUUGGAAAAGUCAGCUUUGGAGUUCAUGAUGGCGUCUUUCCCUGAUGUGAAAGAGAAAGAGGAGAUGCGUAAAAUUGUUGGAAGAUACGGUAUCACAGGAAGAGAACAGGUACCUUUCAAUACGCAAAUUUUCUUGAAAAUUUCUGUUAAGGUGUGUCCUAUGAAACAACUUUCUGAUGGGCAACGUUGCCGUGUUUCGUUCGCCUGGUUAGCAUGGCAGCAACCUCAUCUUUUGCUGCUUGACGAACCGACGAAUCACCUUGAUAUGGAAUCGAUCGAUGCUCUAGCAGAAGCUAUCAAUUGCUUCGCUGGCGGUGUGCUUCUAGUUUCUCACGACUUCCGGCUCGUAAGCCAGGCGAGUUCUACGAUAUCCUUGCUAUGUUUUAAACUUAUUGCAGGUGGCCGAACAAGUUUGGGUAUGCGAUAACCAAGGAAUCCAGAAGUGGGAAGGCGACAUUUUCUCGUUCAAGGAGCACUUGCGGAAACAGAUUGAACGUGAGAUGAGCAACCGUGAGAAGGGACUUGUCAAAGAACGCUAG